AUGUCUUCACCACCAGAGUCAAUGAUUGAAACAGAAGAAUCUGCAAUGAACAAAAAAAGAGGAAGAGCUCAGUCAGUUGAGCCUACUUUUGUAGAAACUAUUGACGAGAAGGAAGAUGUUCAAGAGAAUGUUCCAUCUGUCACUGCUACAAAGAAAACUAAACGCGAUGAAGAAGACAAUGGUACUCCUUCAGUUAGUACAAUCCGUCGAAACAUGAAAGAAAUGUCGACUACGGACAAUGACCCUUCAGACGAUCGUAGUAUAGACACAAAUGACAGCCAAGAAGACGAAGACUUGGAUGUUUCCAAAGAAGAAGAAGUAAAGACUGCCACAGAAAACAAGGCCGCUGCCCAAUUUGGUGGUAAAAAUGACGAUGAUGACUGGGGAGAAUUUGCUGAAGAGGAAUCGCCUUCUGAAAGCAACCAAAAAAAAGACAAUACAACGGCUGAAAAGCCAAAGUAUGCUUUUGGCGCAUCUUCUGGCUUUGGCACCAAAGGCUGGGCAGCCACACAUCAGACUAUACCUACAACCACAAAGCCAGCUUUUGGUGGAUUCAGCAACUUUGGAUUUGGUGGUUUCAAAGCAACAACAACAACAACAACAAACAAUGGAAAUAAGGAAUCUUCCGACUCAAAGGAGCAAGUGCAAUCAGCUUUGGCUAGUACUACUGCCACUGCCGCCAAAACUACUACUACUACGACUACAACAACAUCACCUUUUGCAUCAUUUGCAAAGGCGACUGUAUCUCCAUUUAUGGCAGCAGCAGCGGCGGCGGCGAAUGCCAGCAGUAGCUUAAAAAAUGCUUCACCAUCUUCAGCAUCAAACACCAAUGGUAACAAUGAUGAUACUGAAAAAGAGCCCAAGGGAGAAGGUGAGGAGGAUGAAGAUAAUAGUUUUGGUAAAGAGCCCAAGGUGAAAGUACCUGGAAUCACACAAAAAGCGGAAGUCAAAACUGGUGAAGAAGAUGAACAUACAAUCUUUCAAACCAAAGCCAAAUUGCUUAUCCUUGAUGGUCCUUCUGGAAACUGGAAAGAACGUGGAGUUGGUACAUUCCGUAUUAACGUGAAAGAAGAGAAUAAAUCAACACCACAGGCACGUCUUGUCAUGCGCACUGACUCAGUUUACAGACUCAUAUUGAACCUUUUGCUCUUUGAAGGAAUGAAGGUCUUUAUUAUGCAAGAAAAGUUUGUUAGAUUUGCAGGAUUUGAAAAAACGACAAAAGAAGACGGAACAAGCGAUACUAAACUUGUGAAUUUUGCUCUAAAGUUAAGUAAUCCUUCAGUCGCUAAGGAAGUCUAUGAAACCAUUAUGGCUCAUGUUCCUACAAAGAAUGAAUAAAUUGCUCUUGUAAAUAAUAAAUUAUCCAAUUUUAUGCAGUCUUUCUACAAAC